UCGACGUGGAACGGUGUCAUCGAGGAAUGACCUUCCUCUUUGCUUGAGCCGGAAUGUCGCCUGUUUCCUUGACGCUGUUGAAGAAGCACUGGAUGUGAAAAACAGCGCAAUUUCUGUCGGCGUCCAUGAUACGCGAUGCUACCGCAGCGGAUUCCAGAGCUUGAGCUCGAGCUCGGAACGGCAGCGGGAGAGAAGUAACCGCUCCCCUCUUUACUUCAGCUAACGGCAGGUUGUGCCGGUGAAGUAAGACGUAGCCCCAAAAUGGACCCCUCCGACUGAGACGCAAACACGUCUUGUGUUUUGCUCAGCAGCUGAGAUCUAUCAGCAGCAUAAGCCAUGCCUGACGAGUAAAACCCCCCUUUUUGCUCAAAGCAAUAAAAAAAACGAAAAAAAAUCCCAUCCUACAUGCCUCCCCAUGUAGAGCCCCUUCAGUGCGUCCUGCUGGAGUGAACGUCCCAUCUUCCAGAUAGGUUCUGCCUCAUCCUCCCUCCGUACAUCUCUCCACCUACCACCCAACAGUAACUACCCAUCACAAUGCUGCUCCACCUGAGAAUGGCCAACACCUGAGGUCCCAUGCGUCCAGUGAGCACCGAUUCAGACGGUCCUGCUCCUCCUGAAAAUCUCUCUUGCCCCUACCCCCUCGUGGGCCCCCUGUCUGCCUCAGAGAUGUCCCUGCUCCAGUCGCUGGGUCCAGUACAAAGCUGGCUCGGCCAAGAGCUUGAGAAGUGCGGGAUUGAUGCCAUGAUUUACACCCGCUACGUCCUCAGCCUUCUCCUGCACGACAGUUACGACUACGACCUGCAGGACCAGGAAAAUGACAUCUUCUUGGGUUGGGAGAAGGGAACUGGGAAGAAAUGGGGCAAGAGUAAGAAGAAAGGAGGGACCGAUCUGAGUCUUGAGGAAAUGAAGAAGCAAGCCGCUGUGCAAUGCCUCCGCUCUGCAUCUGAUGAAAACUCUGGAAUUGAGAGCCUGGUUGAGGAGCUUUGCUCUAAACUUAAGGACAUUCAAAACAAACAGAAAGAGGAAAAACAGAUUCAAAAGAAAUCUGAUGGCUCUCAGUCUCCAGAGCGAGCUGAGUCCCCCUCUUCAAAGGACCAGGUGGAAAUGUAUUAUGAAGCCUUUCCUCCUUUGUCAGAGAAACCUGUUUGUCUCCAAGAGAUCAUGACGGUGUGGAACAAGGCUAAGGCCUGCGCAUACUCAAGUUCAUCAUCCUCAGCAGCUCCACAGACCAGCACAGACACCUCCUCCCCGAAAGAUUGCAACAGCGAAUGUGAGGCUGCAAAGGAGCGAAACCCCGAGGCAUGUGGUACCAUCACGACUGUGACCAACGAGAGAGGCCAGCAACGGCGAAGCAAAAAAGAGAAAGAAAACCGAUACCACGGUGGUGUAGCAACGGAGGAAAAAUCUACCGUCCACUCUAAGAGACAGACGAGACACAGGUCUGAGGGCAAAUACCGGCCCAGGUCCUGGUCGUCUGGCUCUAGUGAGGCGGGCUCAAGCUCAAGUGGGAACCAGGGUGACUCCAAGUCGUCCAGAAGCAAGGCAGUUAGAAUAAGGCACAAAUCCAGGGAGGCUGGGAAGAAUAAGAGAACGCGCAACAGUGGGCAGGUGAAGCUGCAGGUGAAGGUUUUUGACAAAGAGGAGCGAAGAAACGCGGGAGGAAGCAGUAGCAGUGCCACAGGAGGCACUGUCCGACAACCACAGCUUUACAAAAAGGGGAAGAGGCCGCUGAAGGAGAUUCGUAAAGAUCCAGGCUGGGUGGAAGCAAAAGAGUCCGGAGUUGAGGCCAGAAACAAAAAGGAAUACAUGGAGGAGCCACUUUGGUACACUGAGCCCAUCACAGAGUAUUUUGUACCUUUCAGCAGCAGACAAAGCAAGCUGGAAACAAAAUAUCGAGGCAAGGUAGACUCUCCUGACGGCUUUGCCUUGUCGACCGACAUGGAGAGGCUGCCAGAGAGAAUCCAGGGAAUCUGCAUUGCCAAUGAGAGCUACCAGAGAGCAUACCUAGCAGCAGGCUCAUUCGUGGAUGGGCACUUUGUAGAAGGGCCUGGUGAUGCAGAGGAUGAAACUGCUGAACUCACUGGGACCUCAAGCUGCCCUCAGCCAGAGGAUAGUAGAGAUUUAGAUGACAAGCAUCUGUCUGAAUAUACUCACUUCUAUGAAGUUGAUAUUUAUCAAUCCAUAUUGGAUACUAGUGCCUCAGACUCGAUACAAGAGAGUCGAAUCUUAAGCAUGAUUCGACAAAAAAGCAAAGAGCAAAGAGACGUUGAGGCAGAAUGUUGUUUAGUGUUAGAUGGCCUUGAGCAGCAAGGGAAAAGUGCAAUAAGGGCAGACUCACAGGAAGCUUCGGGAUCUGUUGGAUUCUUAAUGGAGGAUCUUGAAAACAUGGCUCAAGUCUGGGGAUGUUAUUCACCGUCUACUUCAGAAGAUAUAGAUGGAGAAAGUUUCAUCGGAGACUCUCCCAUUCGGCUCUCCCCCCUUCUUGAUAGUGUUUCGUUCACCCUGAGCAAACUAUCUGGAACUCUGGAGGAGCCGCUUGUUCCUGAAGCCACCAGUGAACCAUCUGGCUUGAACUCAUCCUGCUUCUCUCUUUUCGAGCUGCAGUAUGAAAGCCCCACUUUUCCUUUUCCCCGCGACUCACUCACCGUUGCUCACGAAAACAACACAGAUUCAAGUAGCUGUCUCGACCCACAUUCUAAUAAACAGUCUCGUUUGCUAAUAUGGACCAAAAAUAGUGCCUUUGAUGAAACUGAACACUGUUCUAACCUUUCAACGCGAACUUGCAGUCCAUGGUCACAUUCAGAGGAGACUCGUUCAGACAACGAGCAAGGACAUGUUCAGACAGAGGAUGCUGCUCAAAUUGGCAAUGAAGAGAUUGAUUGUAUAAUCCCUCCUCUCUCUGGUACAUAUCUAGAGGAUGAAAUCUUGGAUUUUUUGCAAGAAGACCCUGGCCGUAAGUGUGAGGAGGUCAGUGUUAGCACAGCAUCCAAUCAGACCUUCACCAAAAAAUCUAAAUUGGAGUCCAUUUGUGGCAUAGCAUUGGAAGAGGAUGAGAGUAAACAGUACAGCACUGGCAUGUUUUCGGACAACACAAACCAACAGAGUGAUGAUUACAGCUCAGGGAUAAUAAAGGACAUUUGGACUGCAAUUGGAGAUGGCAAAUCUGCAGUGUCAAGGCAAGGAGCAGAAAAAACAAGCGAGGGGCUCUUUUCAGAUGACUCAAGCGGUUACUGCUGCAGCUGUCUGGAGGUGCAGGCGAAAGGAGUUCCGAUCCAGGGACCCCAGAAAAAAGCUGUGCAGCGGUCAGAGUAUCACCUUUGGGAAGGCAAGAAAGAAGAACAGGACUUAGCCAAAAACAAACUCUCCAAGGUAGAUGGUGCUGGGGAUUACAUGACUCCGUCCAAACCCUGGGACUUGAACUCUGACAGGGAGAGUACAUCAUUCAUCCUAGGAGGGGUGUAUGGAGAGUUGAAGACACUAAGUGGUGAUAAGAAUUGGGCUGUAGUGCCGCCGAGCGAAACUCAAGAUAGCCUGCUACAGUGUGCCGCCGCAGCCGCAUCUGCUUCUAGCUCAGACAUGCUCACCAUCACCGGCACAGAUGUGUUCAUGAACACCGGCAGCUGCUUUGCCCCUGGGCAGAGGCCCCUGUGGAGGCCGCUCGUUUCCUUUGGGCAGAGUGACCAGGCCAUUAGAGGAGGCGGAGACGGAUUGAAUAAGGGAUUUUCUUUCAUCUUCCAUGAAGAUUUGCUCGGAUCUUACGGAGGCUUGCGGGGUGAGGAGCAAGGUUUAGAAUACCCGUUUGCAUCCUUCAACCUGAACAAUCCCUUCUCUCAAGUCCUCCACGUUGAGUGUUCUUUUGAGCCUGAGGACAUGGCUUCGUUCAGUCCGGGGUUCAAGCCUAAAUCUAUUCUCUGCUCGGACUCUGAGAAUGAAGCCUUCCACCCACGAAUAUAUGGCAUCAACCGGACGCAGUAUAGGGCCAUUCGCAUAUCCCCCAGGACUCAUUUCCGGCCAAUAUCGGCCUCAGAGUUGUCUCCUGGUGGAGUGAGUGAUUCCGAGGCUGAGACUGACAAAGAGGAGAUGAGUUUUCCCGUCCUGGCGCCGGUGGACGUCUUUGAUGAUCCUCAGGCAGACCUCAAACCUCUGGAGGAGGAUGCAGAAUGUGAGGGCCCUUAUUAUGGGAAGUCAGAACUGGAAUCUGGUAAAUUCUUACCCAGAUUAAAGAAGUCUGGCAUGGAGAAGAGUGCCCAGACCUCUCUGGAUUCACAGGAGGGCUCCAGUACCCUCCUGCCAAUCGCUGAGCAAGAGAUUUGCUUAGACUGCAAAACGGCAGCAGCUGCAUCAACUGCAGAUGGACAGGUGGACAUCUCAGUUAACAAGAUUCAAAAAGAGGAAUCUUCAGAAGAAAAACAGUCCUGCUUAAGUGCACCAGCAGGUCAGAUCCCAAAGUAUGGGAUUGCUUAUGACUUUGUUGGAGAUGUGCCAGAGUUCCCUCUGUUAAAUAUAAGUGGACAGGGAGGAACUGGCAACCAGCAAGAUGAGUGCUGGUGGCAGAACACACUCUGUUCCCCCCUUUUCCCUGGAUCUCAGUGUACAGGGAGCAGCAACAUUUGAAUACUCCAGUUUUGCAGAGGACUCCUGUCGUCGAGAGGAACAGUUCCUCUCCUUUUGUGACUGGACCUCUUCCAGCAAAUAUUCAGGGUCAUCUCAGAGCUGGAAAAACCUAAUGUAGGCUAAUUUUCUGAGACACCCCUUCAAAAACCCCUCCACCCUCCCCCUACACAUAACCCCGCUGGUUUUUCAUUUACUAACUUAAACCUUGUGUAAUCAACAAUCAGAUCAACAAAAAGUGAGUGAAAAUAGGAAAACUCAAAAAAUAUGUUUUGUCUUUGAGUGAUGCCAUGUGCGGACAUGCAUUUUUAGGCAUUUUAGAAUUUGUUUCAGUUGAUUCUUCUGUACACUGGUCCUCAUUCAAGUCACACAGUUAGGUAUUAGGGACAAUCUUUUUGUUCUAUCCUUGUCAGUUUUGUUCCCACCAUGUUGCUUUUGAACUAGGAUACUGAUAGUUGGUGGUGUUUGAAUGGUUGUGCAUGUAUGUUUGUCCAGCCAGUCUCACUCCUCUUUUUUCUAGUUAAACCUAAUGUUGUGUGGAAAAAAAAAACAAAAAACGACUGCUCUCACAUCCUCUACUUACCAUCUCGUGUUCAGAAAGACAAUAUAAGAAUGUUGAGAUUUUUGAGUUGUGCCAGAAUUUGAGAGUUUAAUUUAAAUAGUUUUGAUUUGGAUGACUUUCUGAAUGUGAAGUAGAGAAUGUGUGCAGUUUUCUUUCAAGAUAUCCGUAAAAUUCCCCAUGUGUGAAAAGUUAUCAUAAAUGAGUCUGAUUUUUGAAUGGUGAUAGUCUUUCAAAAGCUAGUAGUAGACAUAGUAUGGUUUGUGAGGCUAAAAAAAAAAAUUGUUUUAAAAUAAAAAAUAAAAAAACAGGAAAUCAAAAGGAGUUUUGUUGACAAAAAAUACUAAUAAUCUACUUGAAAUGCAAUGCUGUAAACAAAUUGGGGAGGAGAAAAAAAAAGAAAAAAAAGAAGUUUGUGUUUUGGGGUAAAGACCCAUCAUGAAAAGACAUGACUACAGCCAUUUCUGCAGACACCUGUGUUGCAACUGAAUGAAACCUUGUUUUAUUUUUUUGUAAUCUCUAUGGUACAGACUAUUGGUGCUAUAAAUAUGUUCAAAAAUCUUUUUAAAGUUGCAGUUCCAUAAUAUGGCUGUGAUGAGUAGAUGGCAUAGUAGAGUUUUGUUUGUAGUCUGGACAGUCAGAAUCCAUUAAUAUCUUUUUUUUUUUUUUUUUUUUUUUUUUUGCGAAAAAUUGUGAGAAGAAGAAGAAGGAAAAAAAAGUAUUGCCUGAUUCGCGGUUCUUGCUUAAAUGUGGCUUGGUUUUUAUUUUUUAAGAUAACAUCUUAGUUUUCAGGCCUGUAACAGCUGAAGCAGAAAUAAUUGCAAUCUCAUGUUUCAACACAUCCAUUUUCAGUUCAUUGUCCCCAUGCAGAAAGGACAAAAUCAGUGUUUUACUGAUGGUUAAUUUGUCUGUGCUGCAACUAAACAAACAUAAGAAAACAAGUGGCGGGGGCGAUGGUCAAACCAAAAACAAGGCAUAAUUACACUAAGGUACAAAUGCUUUUCUUUUUCUCCAUAUGAGGUGUGUUUGUUUUUCUUUUUGGUUUACAAUAUAUCUUGUUGAAAUAUUGAGUAAUGUCUCACUCUGUGUGCGUGUGUGUGCGUGUGUGUGUGUGUGUGUGUGUGUGUGGACAUCGAAUUUGUGAAGGCACUGGUUCAGAAUGAGUGUACUAGAACUUUAAACUCAGAGAAAUGUGAAUGUACGCAGAGGCGCACGUUCACUUAAAAAAAAAAAAAAAAAAACGCAUUUGUGCCCCUCUUUAUAUUUUGAAACACACCCUGAACAAAUUGGUCAUAAAAACGGCUUGAGGUGUAGUUUACUGACCCCCUUCUUGUGACCUGUGCUUUGACGAUUACAUUUAGUUAAAAACAUCUGCAGAUAAAUGCAUUGCGCAUUUCUUCUUGCACGUUUUAUAAACCCUGUUUUUCUUUUCCUUUAACUUUUCAAACAGGUUAGGAGGGCAGGAGCAAGGUGACUUUUUGGUCACAUUAUACUAUAAAACUGAAGCACAUAACUAAAAUCAUCCCUUCAUUUAAUGGGUAAUUAAAAAAAAUUAAAAAAACAUCAGCAAUGCGAGCAUACUUGCUGUAAUGCACUGUCGCAGGUGAAGGGCAUGGCUUUUGAAACGGCUUCCUCAUUUGAAAAAAAAUGCAAAGAUUGUAAAGGCCCAGGGUCUGUUCAGUCUAAUGCCAUUUAAAACUGAAAAAGGACCCCAUCUCUCUCUCUCUCAAAUAGCUGAAAUAUGAAUGGAAGGUACUCCAACUUCAGGGUCUUGUCACCUUUCUUUGACAGUCAUCAGACACUCAGGAAUUUUUUAAUAUAUAAAGCAUAUUGCAUAAUCUACACUCAGACCUGUGGCAGUGCAUUGGAUGCAUUAAUGUAAAACCUUUCUUUGAUUGUAGAGCAGAAUUUGACAGGGGUUCUUUCCAAGCAAACUACAAAUGGACUGUCAUUAAUUUAGAGCUAUAGUUUUAGAGCGAAAAAAAAAAAAAGAAUUAAAAGAAGAUGAAGAAAUAAGCCAUUGUAGAUUGCAUAAGCAAUGUGGAGGGGAAUUCGAGAGCCCUGAGUCCUAUGCAAUACCUUGGCGCAUGUAAACAUUCAAGAGUACGUGGAGAAAUCAUUCAUCUAGUUUUGCAUGUUGAUUACUUUUAAGCGAGGGACACCUGAGAAAGGAAAAAAAAAAAUCAAACCAUGGAAUGUCUCUUUAAAAAUGCAGCAUGCAAACAUCACACUCCAUCUUUUUACGUUGGAUUAAACAAAACAUUUUGGUUUAAAAAACAAAAACAACAAAAAAAAAUAUAUAAGUGAGGUUUAAUCAGUGAUUGACAUGACUGUGCGUGUGAAUCUGUGAGUGAAUGUGUGCAAGCAGCUAAGUCACAAAGCACUUAGAUGGGAGCUGAAAGGACGCAUCACACCUUUCUCCAUUGAAUUCUUCCAUUUUGAUAGGCUAAGUGUCUCAACAAUAAAAAAUAAAUAAAAUAAAAAAAAGUAUGACGAGAAAAUGCAUUCAGUGAGGGAUUAUGCAUUGGAACGACGCUAACAGGGUGGUUGAGUUUCGAUUGCACUGUGGUCUGAAGAACAUAUCCAGCACUGAAAACUUGAGUUUUCUUCGUCUUUUCAUUCCCACCUAGAUGAUGCUCCUUCCCCCUUCCUCUUUGUUCCUAAAAAUCCCAUCUGUCCCAAAGUAGCUGUGUUGUUCUGAUUUCAUGUACACCCUGAGUAAAUUAUUUUGUUUCAUUGUGGAUUUCCUUAACAUCUAAUAAAGGAAUAAACCAAA